GGUGCGGGUGCACAACAGGAGAGAAAUCGUCAAUUACGGUCAAAUACGGUAUGUCAGCGCGAGAAGAAUAAUGGCUGCUGGCUCGGGCUCUAUGAGGAUUCUUAUUAAAGGUGGGCGGGUCGUGAAUGAUGAUGUCACUCAGGAGGCGGACGUCUACAUUGAGAAUGGAAUUAUCCAGCUGGUGGGGCGUGAGCUGAUGAUUCCGGGCGGGGCUAAGGUGAUUGACGCGGCAGGUAAGCUGGUGAUACCGGGAGGCAUCGACGCCAGUGUGCACCUGCAGGAGACGUUCAUGAACGCCACCACACAAGAUGACUUCUACAGCGGAACCAAGGCGGCGCUGUUGGGUGGCACUACUAUGGUGAUGGCUCACGUGCUUCCAGAGAAAGAUACGUCUCUACUUGAAGCGUAUGAGAAGUGUCGCACUCACGCUGAUGCUAAAGCCUGCUGUGAUUACGCCCUGCACGUGGGCGUCACCUGGUGGGGACCAAAGGUGCGCAGGGAGAUGGAGGUGUUAGUGGGUGAGAAGGGUGUGAACUCUUUCCAGAUGUUUAUGGCAUAUAAAGAUCUGAUGAUGUUGAAGGACUCUGAGCUGUAUCAGGCGCUGAACACCUGUAAAGACAUCGGAGCCGUCGCUCGUGUCCACGCUGAGAAUGGAGAACUGGUGGUCGAGGGUGCAAAAGAAGCAUUAGAUUUGGGCAUCAGUGGUCCUGAGGGUAUGGAGAUCAGUCGACCAGAGGAGUUGGAAGCAGAGGCUACAAACCGAGCCAUAACCAUCGCCAACAGGGCUCACUGUCCAGUGUAUUUUGUGAAUGUGUCCAGCAUUUCUGCGGCUGAUGUCAUCGCUACUGCCAGGAUGCAAGGUAAGGUGGUUCAUGCGGAGACUACAUUAGCUCACUCUGUGUUGAGCGGGAUGCACUAUUAUCAUCAGGACUGGGCUCACGCCGCCGCUCACGUCAUAGCUCCGCCCCUACGCCUCGACCCCAACACACCCGACUACCUCAUGGGCCUGCUGGGCAAUGACAUCAUAAACGUGGUUGCGUCAGAUCACCGAGCAUUGAGCACUAAGCAGAAGGCGAUGGGGAAAGAAGACUUCACCAAGAUUCCUCACGGAGCGGCAGGCGUGGAGGAUCGCAUGAGUGUUAUCUGGGAGAGAGGAGUGGUCGGCGGUAAGAUGGAUGAGAAUGGUUUUGUGGCCGUGACGAGCUCUAACCCUGCUAAAAUCUAUAAUCUGUACCCGCGGAAGGGACGCAUCAUUCCAGGAGCGGAUGCUGAUGUGGUGGUGUGGGAUCCAGACACUACCAAGACCAUCUCUGCCAGCUCUCACGUUCAGGGUGGAGACUUCAACCUGUAUGAGAACCAGCGCUGUCACGGCGUUCCCCUGGUAACCAUCAGCCGUGGUCGUCUGGUGUGUGAGAACGGUGUGUUCAUGUGCGCCGAGGGUUCCGGAAAGUUCUGCCCUCUCCGAGCAUUCCCCGAUUUUUUGUACAAGAAGAUACUGCAGAGAGAAAAGACUCAGACCCUGCGAGGGGUGGAUAGGGCUCCAUACUCGGGGGACAUUGCUAUGGUAGCCAACUCUGGCAAGAAGGACUCCGCCCCCCCGGAGGGUGACGUUCCCAUGCGGGCGACCACCAGACACGGAGGCAUGCGAGACCUGCACGAGUCCAGCUUCAGUCUGUCAGGCGCUCAAGUGGAUGACCACAUUCCUAAAAGGUCCUCUGCUCGAAUCCUUGCGCCCCCCGGUGGCCGCUCCAGUGGCAUCUGGUAACCGUGGAAACCACAGACAGUUCAUACAGGCUCCACUGACCCCCUUUAUGUCUCUACACAUGUGAUGUUUGUAGUAAAUGAAUCACAACACUGUUACAUGAGAUAAUCAGAUUCACAUCCAAAGUGCCAAACUAAACUGAAACUGUGCCACAUUACAGAGUGUUCACACACUAUACCAGUUAAAAGUUUGGACACACUUGACUCCAUUUAUGUUUCUCUUGAUCUUAAAAAAAAAAACACUUCAACUAAAGGCUAAUGCCUAAAUGCACAGUUCGUGAUAUUGCCAAAAAGAAAGAUCAGUUUUAUUACCUAAGUGUUAUUAGUGACAAUGUAAUGAGCUCGCUAAAUUUGAAGUCUGAACCACUUUAAAGUCCAUACAUUAGAGGAGACCUGUAUCUACACAGCACAGUCUGUGUGUUACCUGCUUUAUAUGCAUCUGUGCCGGAGAAACAUGUGAACUGUGACGUCACACAUGCACCUGCCCUUCUUGAAAUCUCACACGCGUGUUGAAGUUGAGCACAUACAGUAUCUGUUGUCGGUGCUUGUGUUUGUGGUGAUAAUGCCAGUUAUGAACAAAGUGUCUGUGGAAUAUCUGUAUUUUAUAUAUAUUUAUAGAACAUAAUUUGUUGUUAGUUAUGAUGGCCUGUGUGGUGAUGACGUAUCUGAUGCAUCGUGAUUUUAUCCUCACCGGUCAAUCAUGUCAUUCAAAAGAGAGAGAUUGGGAAUUAAUAUCAAUUAAUACAGCGGGUUAACUUUACACUGUUUAAAUUACUGCUCACACAUCCUUCUAAAUAUAAUCAUCGACACACAGAUAGAUAUCUAAUCAUUAUUUUACACGAUCUGAUUUUAGUUAAUUGAUGAAGUCUUUAUGACCUCAGCGUGAAGGAAAUAUUAUUUAAUGAGCUUGAGAUCUGGUCUCCUCUUAAAGAAAUAAAACCAAAAUACCGGAGUUACUACAGCUAUUGCCAUUUCUACAAUAAAACUGGAAAAUUGGUCACUACUAACCAAGAAAUGAACUUCAUCAAUAAAGAAAUUUAAAAAAAUUGACAGAAUGAUUCUGAAAAGUUCUUGCAAGUUUCACUAAAACAAAUAAAAUUAAAUAAAUAAAUAAUAUAAUAUAUAUACUUAUUUUUAAGAUUUAUGCAUAACAAAAAAUUAAUUCAUUCCAUCAAAUUGGACUGUGUAAUUUUUAACAAUAUUAAAUUAAUAAAUGUAAAAUAUUUAGUUUUUUAUUAUAAUUUGCUAAACAUUACACAAUUCAAUUUUAUGCCGUAAAUCUUGAAAUUCAUAUUUAUUUUUUGAAGGUUGAAGGAGAUCACAUAUUCAUUUAUUAUUUGACAAUAAUAACAUUCAGAGUUUCCAUGGUAAAUAUUUAGGAAUUUUAAAAUUGUGAUCCCUUGGCAUUAAAAAGUAAUUUAUAUAAUUUUGAUGGCAAAAUAAGUCAUGGAAAUUUCUAUAGUAAAUGUAAAUAUUUUUAGUUGCACUCAGAAAUAUUUAAUCGUCUAGAAAUUGUUCUGAAACAACAAAUACGUCUGGAAAAGUCAUUGGUCAAAAGGUGUGGGAACCUUGAAUAAUAACAAUGGUAUUUUGAUGGAAACUAUUUUAUUUUUUAUUAACUAAUCACACUGAUUUAUCCCUGUUCAUAAGCCCUUUAUAAGUCUUAUUCCAUGUUUAGAAUAUAUCAUUUGUGUUUAUUGGCUGUUAUAUUUCUUGUCACCUGUGCUCUGAAUUCAAGCAUGAGCUGAGGUUGAUUUAAUUGGUGCUGUUUUUUAAACAAAGAAUUUUCAUUGCAGUUCUUGUUUUGUUUUUUUUAUCUUUCUUCUCAGAAAAAAAGCACUGUGAAUCGGUUUGUGAUUUUGUGUUUGUAGUUGGUCCUGAACGUGACGGCUUGUUCUGUUAUGACAUGGAUAAGUGCAAAAAUAAUAAUAAUAAAAAAA